AUGCUCCGUUGCCUGUUCGUGAUGAAAUUAUUUAUGAAAAAUAAAUGCGAAAUUUCACCCAGGAUGCUGGCUGCCCUGCUCCUGCUCCCGAUGAUGGGCGGAACAUCCGCCUCCACCGAAAACAGAACCACGAAUGCAACAUGCAGACAUGCCACGGACAUGUGGGGAGAUCCGGACCCCAACAUAUUCUACGUGUGCUCCGAUGGACAACCGCUGCAGCUGGAGUGUCCGCCGGGUCGGGGAUUUUUCAGCGGUCUCGGCUAUCUGGGAUGUGUGCCCUAUGGCCAGUGGCCGGCCUGCCGGCCCUCGGAGGAGCAGGUGGCCACCGAGUUGUCAGCUGGCUGUGACAGGAACACGGGCACCGUGCCGUCGCCCUGGGCCUCUCCGGACCCCAAUCAAUUCUACCUGUGCCCCGGGUCAAAGGCCACACCUCUGCUGCUCAACUGCGCCGGGGGCAAGGGAUUCGUGGCCAGUUCAGAGGUGGUCGGCUGUGCGGAUUGGGCAACAUGGCGCCGCCAGCUGCUGUGCGAGGCCUUCUACUGA